UCACAAGCUGGGUGCAACCACAGACCAAUGGUGCAACUCAUUAGUUUUUAGUUACUGCAGUCUGCAUUUCCCAAUUUGUAAUCGCAACUCGUAAGACGUGAUAAACGCAAUAAAUGCGAAACAUAAAGUAGUACUUUUUGCGAUAAUUACCUACGUGAGUAAUGUAACAACGAUUGAAUAUUUUUUUAUUAAAGACUUUACCACGCUAACAUGGCGUUGAGCGCUUUAGCGGAAGAGUAUUUUCGGUCGAUGAAUCCAAUAGCUUCCAAAAUUCACGAGGAUAUCACGGAGGCUAAAAACUCAUAUGAAAAUAUUUGGGAUACACUCACGGAUAAGGAAAAGUCGGAAAUAAUAAAUGAAUCGAUAAUAAAACCUGAAAUUGUUUUAAAAUAUGCCCUGCUGGAUGCGCUAGACUUUGAUAUAAAUGAUCCACCUGUUCGUAAAGACAAUUUGAUGUCAUUCUUCGGUCGCGAACAUGGUUUGAGGAUUAUACAGGAUGAGAAUAUGUCUUACAGAGAUGAACAUUCUGCUCCCUUCUUAUACCAGACAAAGAGUCAACUGAAUUUAUGUGUAUUAAGUGAGCAUAGAGUGUCCAAGGAUGUUAAAUGUACGUCACCACCACCUAUUAUGACAGAACUGGCACUAUCACAUUCAAAAGUUGUGAACGAACUAAAAAAUGCAUUGAAAUCUCAUGAAUUAAAAAGUACAUACAAGGAAAAGGAUAGUCAUGAGAGAGAUGUGAUCUCCCCGACAGGCUUUAUAAGUAAAUUCAUGGGUAACUUUAAGUCUAAAGAUGAGGAACGGGAGAGUUUGGUGCCGAUCCUACCACAGACUCAGAUUGUGGCUUCCUCAGAGAACUUCUUUAGAACAAAUUUCAAAAGUCCACAGAAUGAAAGCAAGUUUGAUAAGGAUUAUAGAAGCAGCGUAGCUAAAUCUCAUAAUGAUCUUUCCGAAGAGAAUCGCGGCCUGUUAUCGUCAAGCCAAGCCUCAUCAGGAACAGACUUCCAAUCCACGGAAACCCUGACAGACACCACUAACCUACCAAAGACUGGAUACGAUUUCUUAGAUAAUUGGUAAAAUUCCGAACUGAAUCUCAUAGUUCUUAAUUACUCAAAACAUUAGGCUUAUUUAGAAGAGCACGAUUAUUUUGCAUCUGAAGUAAAGUAAUCGUUUCAAUUUUGAGAAUCGAUUUUCAAUAGAAUAGAAUAGAAUUUUUUUAGAGUUAAGGAACAUAACAUACGUAUGAGAAGUAAUAUAUUUUUGGUGCUGACGCAAGUAUUCCUCGUUUAGUAGUAGCACAGUUCGCGAAAGUUAGGGAACUUCUAACAAAAUGUCGAGGCUUUGGAGUCACUGGCAGACGUCAAAUGUUAGUACAUUUGACGCCGGUAGCCCUAUUUUACGUCACCAUAGCCUAAUAUUUGACAUAUCGUCGAUUCAGGAUCGAACCGAGAAUUCCCUCACUUUAGUUCACUCUGGUAUUAGUAACUAACGUAUUUUAAGCCAAUUUGAAUGAAAAUGGGUAUUAGAAAAAAGAAACGAAGGUGGAAUCUAGAAUGAUCAGUGAAGUGUAUAGUUUUUGCCUGUAAUUAUUGAUACUUAAUACAAAAUACUCGAUUACAUAGGUUCAAAAGUAUGUUUCAUCCUCUGGUUUCAUCAUACAGCACAUCCUUGCUGACUUUAAUGAAGGAUUUAAUCAUUGUAUUAAUUAUUAUUUAUUAGCGUCUCGCAUGAACUGACAUUAUUAUUGUAACUUUACUCAAGUAUGCGAAAAGAAUUGUGAUUUUAGUUGAUUCGAAUAAUUUGUAUUUCUUAGUGCCGAUUUCCCCAACGUCGAGUGACGUUUAACCGAGGAAUAAAUUGGGGGUAAUGACAGUUUUUGUAUUGAAAAUCUGCC